AAAGAAUUCAUGAAAAAUAUCCUAAUAUAAAAAAAAAGAUUGAUAAAGCUUUGAAAAUCACUUCAGAAAAUUGGAUAGAACGAAGAAAAUUAUUUGAAUUUGUAAUGCAGAUUGUUUCUGAAGAAGGAAAUAAAACGGCUCAGAAUGAUAAUGAUAGAAACGAGGCAAUUAAAGAACUGUAUAAUUUGUUAGUUGGUCAAGAAAUUAACUUUCAACAACAAGUAAAGAAAUAUUUCCAAGAACAGAAAAGAAAAAAUCAAGAUAAUCGCUUAUUUCACAUGUUUUCAAGAUUAAAACAAUUAUUUGACAUUGACUCCGAUAUUAAAGACAUAGUUUCAAAUGUAGAUGCCGAAAUUAAACAAAAAAUUAAAAUGAAAACUGACAGUCAAUUUAUUCAGGAUCUCCAUAGUUAUAAAUUUGUGAAUACUGAUGAGAUCACGGAAAAUAGUAUUACAUCUCGUUUUUUAGACGAAUAUCAAGAAUGGAGAAACAAUGUAUUCCAUUCACAAAUAAAAAAAAGCAUACCAAAAUAUUCAGAUCGAUCAAGAGAAAUUAAUUCAAGGCUUGAAGAUGAAAGCAAAAAAACUCAAGAACAAAUUACUGAUAGUGAAUUUCUCAGGAUUUGUGAAGAAAUUGAAAAAAAACAUUCUGAAGGGCCUAUACUUAAAAUCGAAAAAGUUCAAUAUGGUAGUCUUCGAG